AUGCCUCGUGGAGCAGAAUACGCAGGGGCACCACCAGCUUCGGACAAUGCCAUUGAAGCAGGCGAAACCAAGGCUCACGGAGUUCCUCACGGCGACGCAGAUGGCCCAUCGUCCUCAGGUGUUGACCGUUCCAACAAAGCCGCGCCUCUUCCCGAAGGUAUCAGCGAGAUGAAAGACCAGAACUAUAGUGGCGGAGGCUCUCAAGGACUGACGGGGCAAGGGAGUGGAAAAGGAAAGAAAGAUCCGGCCUCGGACGUCGUUGCGGAGAACCUGAAGGAGAAAGUAUGA